GCCGACAGGUGUAUAGUGGGGUCAAGGCAGGGAGGCCCGAAGGUCCGCAGCCGCGCUCGGGGGUACCUUCCUAGGGAAGAGCCAUCCCCGAAGACGUGGGAAUGGGUAAAUCUGUCAGUCCGUCAGGGCUGGGUCACGUCAGUGGCAGUGCCGGAGAGCAGAGGGCAAGCUCCAAGGGUGUCUCAGAGGCAGAGUGAAGCCGUUCGCGUUUCUGUAGGGAGGGGCGGAUGACUUUCCUGCAGUGCUGCUAGUGCAAGGUGCAGUGGUCGCUGUUGGAGAAGGAAGCGCGGAGGGGGAGACCAGCUGCCUGGAGUGCGGCCUGUGUCGGGAUUCCGAAGCCUGUUGUAUUCUGGUUUUCCUGAGAGAGGGGGGUCAGGGUCGUUAGUGUUCUAGGGUGAAGCAGAGUCGCAGCUUUCUGAGCUGCAUGCCCUACGGAGGCAUUUGGGGAAAGCGUGUAGCCCUUUAGUUUGGAAUAUCUCACGUUUUGCUGGGUUGAGAUGUGACAUGCGGCAUUCUGGGGUUGGGUUGGCCUAUUGCAGUUGAAUGUGGUGGAGUGACUCGUGCGCGUCCAGAGGUGUGUUAAAGGCAGGGGUCUUUAAUGCCUGUGGGCAAUGGCUGUGAGGGGGAGGCCUCACCUAGUGUGGUGAUAGUGGAAAUGGGGUGAAAAGUGGGUGAUGGCAUUUGCUAGUGGAUUGAUGUGGCAGGGUGAAGGAAAAGGUAGAUUCAUGACUGAUUUCUGGGUUUUUAGCUUGAGUAAUUGAUUGGGUGAUGGUGGUGUUUUUGGUGUUGAGAUUGAGACAAGAGGAUUACGUUUGUAGGAGUCCUGAGAAAAGGAUCCAUAUCAGGUGCUGAGUCUUACGCAUACUGUGAUGGCAAUGAUAUGCAGGUGGAGAUAGUAAGGGGGCAAUUGGCUGUUAAGAGUGGAAUUCAGGGGCCAGCUCUGUGGCCUAGCAGGUAAAGCUGCCGCCUGCUGGCUUCCCAUUUGGGUACCAGUUCCAGUUCUGGCUGCUCUGCUUCUGAUCCAGCUCCCUGCUGAUGUGCCUGGGAAAGCAGAGGAGGAUGGCCCAAGUGCUUGGGCCCCUGCACCCAUGUAGGAGAUCCGGAAGAAACUCAUGACUUCAGACCAGUCUAGCUCUGGCCUUUGUGGCUCUUUGGGAAAUGAACCAGCAGAUGGAAGACUUCUCUCUCUCUCUCCCUUUCCUUCUCUCUCUCUGUAACUCUGCCUUUCAAAUAAAUAAAUAGAUCAAGGGGCCGGCGCUAUGGCGCAGUGGGUUAAAGCCCUGGCUUGAAGCACCAGCAUCCCAUAUGGACACCAGUUCUAGUCCCGGCUGCUCCUCUUCCUAUCCAGCUCUCUGCUAUGGCCUAGGAAAGCAGUAGAAGAUGGCCCAAUACCUUGGGCCCCUGCACCCACAUGGGAGACACGGAAGAAGCUCCUGGCUUUGGAUAGGCACAUCUCUGGCUGUUGCGGCCAAUUAGGGAGUGAACCAUCAGAUGGAAGACUUCUCUGUCUCCUACCUCUCUCUGUAACUCUGUCUUUCAAAUAAAUAAAAUAAAAUUAAAAAACAACCACAUAAAUAGAUCUUUAAAAAAGAGUGGAGUCCAGAGGAAAGAUUGGGGAUGAGUAAAUUUGGUUGUCAUCAGUAUGUACAUGGUGUUAAAUGGCAGAGAACCAGGGAGAAAGAACUUAACAAAAAGGAAGGCCUCCCAGUAGUAAGAUUUGGAAUAACUCAAAUUCACAAUUGAGGUCUGACAAAGAUUUAUUUAUUUGAAAGGCAAGGUGUGAGAGGGAGAGAGAGAGAGAUCGACUGAUCGAUCUGAUCCAACUUCCAUCUGCUGGUUACUUCCUAAGUGAUCUCACUGCUAAGGCUGGGGCUGAGGCUGAGCCAGGAACCUGGAACUCCAUCAGCAUCUCCCACACGGCUGCCGGGGCCCAAACACUGGGGUCAUCUUCCACUGUUUUCCCAGGUGCGUUAGCAGGGAACUGGAUUAGCAGUGGAGCAGCUGGGGCUGGAUCUGGCACUCCUGUGGGAUGCCAGAAUCACAUUCAGUGGCUUAACCCAUUGUGCCACAGUGCUGUCCCUAGAGUUGGGAUCCUUACCCAAGAGACUCUUGAUAGAAAUGAUUGGCCUCAUGAACUCGGAUGGGAGAAAAAUUAUGCCUUUAUUUUUAUUGGCUUGCAACUGAAAUUUAGCAUUUCUUCAGUUAUGAACCCAGGUAACAACCAGUAGCACCAGCAAUAUCUGUGACUUUGUCAUCAGUGAAAAUUGCUGAUACUAUUGCAGUACAUCUGAUAUUGUCACAAUACGGUGGUCAUCACAGUCUUCUCAAAGUACCACUGUGCUCAUUUCUACUUCAAAAACCUCAUUAAUCAUUAGGUCGUUAGCUUGAUUUUGUUUUUUAAAAUAUUUGUAAAGAAGUACAUAUAUAACAUUUCAUUAUAUCAUACCUUUAAUCACUUGAUAAUAUUCAGUUGAUUUCUUUUGUCAUUCUGUGUGUUUUAAGUUCUGUGCAUAUAAAAACAUUUUAUGAAAGGAUCUACUGUAGGCUUCACUAAGCUACUACAGUGGUUUGUACCACACAGAAAAGUUGGACACUCCUGAAAUGCUGACCUAUGAAGGAAAAGAGGACAACUAGAAGGGAGAUGCUGUGUGGAGUGGAAAGCAAUAUUUUUAAGAUAGGAAUGAGUUGAUUUCUUUUUUUAAAGAUUUAUUUAUUUAUUUGAAAGGCAGAGUUAGAAAGAGAAGUCUUCCAUCUGCUGGCCCACUCUCCAAAUGGCUGCAACGGCUGGAGCUGGGCUAAUCCGAAGCCAGGAGCCUGGGGUUUUUUCCGCGUCUCCCACGCAGAUGCAGGGGCCCAAGGACUUGGGCCAUCUUCUAUUGCUUUCCCAGGCCACAGCAGAGAGCUGGAUCAGAAGUGGAACAGCUGGGACUCAAACUGGUGCCCAUAUGGGAUGCUAGCACUGCAGGCAGUGGCUUUACCCACUGCACCAGAGCACUGGCCCCUUGGUUUGUUUUAAUGCUGAGGGGGAAAUGUUGAAGCUGUCACAGAAGAGAGAUGGUAAGAAUGAGAUGAUAAGAUGUUGAAUGAAGAUGGCAACUCAGCACAGUGCAGGGGUUAGGACUGGGUCAGAAGGGAAGGUGAAGGGAUUUCACCCUGGUGAGUCCCUCGGCGAGAACAGGGGCAGGUGUGAAGGCCGGGUGGGGCUGGGAAGCGGAGGAAGUAGUGUUGUAUAACAUUCUUCAUUCCUGCCUGGGAACUGGAGCCUGUGUCACAGCGAAGAGUGAGGUGCUGGAAUAAGGGGCUUGUUUAACAGAAGAGUUUUCAGUGCUUUUUGGAGAUUUGACAAAAAUUCAAGCCAGGAUGGGAUAUUAUGUGUACCGUGACAUGCUAGGAGAAAAAGGAGAUUUCAUUACUUCACCUGAAAUAAGUCAGAUCUUUGGGGAGCUGCUAGGGAUAUGGUUCAUUAGUGAGUGGAUGGCCACUGGAAAAAGUGCAGCUUUCCAGCUGGUGGAACUGGGCCCUGGUAGGGGAACCCUCGCAGGGGAUAUUUUAAGGGUGUUUAGUCAGCUUGGGUCUGUGCUGAAGAACUGUGACAUUUCCAUACAUCUGGUGGAGGUGAGCCAAAAACUGAGUGAGAUUCAAGCAGUGACACUGACUGAAGAGAAGGUCCCGUUAGAGCGGAAUGCUGACUCCCCAGUGUAUAUGAAAGGUGUUUCUAAGACUGGGAUUCCAGUUUGCUGGUACCGAAAUCUGCAAGAUGUCCCAAAAGGAUACAGCUUUUAUCUUGCACAUGAAUUCUUCGAUGUUCUUCCUGUGCAUAAGUUUCAGAAAACACCACAAGGAUGGCGAGAAGUGCUCAUCGAUAUUGAUCCACAAGUUUCUGAUAAACUGAGGUUUGUCUUGGCGCCUUGUGCCACCCCAGCAGAAGCCUUCAUACACCAUGAUGAAAAAAGGGAUCACGUUGAAGUGUGUCCCGACGCCGGUGUUGUCAUUCAGGAACUUUCUCAACGUAUUGCACUGACUGGCGGUGCUGCGCUGAUCGCUGAUUAUGGCCAUGAUGGAACAAAGACAGAUACCUUCAGAGGAUUCUGUGGCCACAAGCUGCAUGAUGUGUUGAUCGCCCCAGGAAUGGCAGACCUAACAGCUGACGUGGACUUCAGUUACCUGCGCAGAAUGGCACAAGGACAAGUAGCCUCGCUGGGCCCAAUAACACAACAAACAUUUUUAAAAAAUAUGGGCAUUGAUGUUCGGCUGAAGAUUCUUGCAGAUAAAUCACACGAACCUUCAGUUAGGCAACAGUUACUCCAGGGAUAUGAUAUGCUCAUGAACCCUAAGAAGAUGGGAGAAAGAUUUCACUUUUUUGCGCUGCUGCCUCAUCAGAGACUCUGUGGUGGAAGUCACCAGACAGAAGCACGGCUGUCAAGGCCCUCUGUGGCGCCUGUGGCUGGCUUUGCUGACCUUGCGUGGAGGUGAUGCUUCAGAUUGGCGUUGUUACCCCUCCGUCUGCCCAAGAACUCAGAAUAAAGGGAGCACAUUUCCUACACUGCAGGUGACACAGUGGGGUUUGACCUCUUCACUGCCAAUAAAAGUAUCCCAUGUUAUGUGUAAUACGAAGUUAUAGAAGUUUUAGGGUUGUGACCAAGUCUUCAUACAAAUAUGUGUUCUCGAUUAAAUGCAAUAAUUGUGAAAACGAGUUUCCUUUAGUAAAGCUAGUUGCUGUAUUUCUUGUAUUUUUAAAAACAUCUACGAGCUGAGAAUGAUUUAACAAAAAUUAGAAAUGACUUAAAUGGAGGCUGGCGCCGUGGUUAACCCUCCGCCUGCGGUGCCGGCAUCCCAUAUGGGCACUGGAUUCUGUCCCGGUUGCCACUCUUCCAGGCCAGCUCUCUGCUGUGGCCUGGGAGGGCAGUGGAGGAUGGCCCAAGUGCUUGGGCCCUGCACCUGCAUGGGAGACCAGGAGGAAACACCUGGCUCUUGGCUUCAGAUCGGCGCAGCGUUGGCCAUAGCAGCCAUUUGGGGGGUGAACCAACAGAAGGAAGACCUUUAUCUCUCUCUAUAUAUAACUCUACCUGUCAAAUAAAAAAAAAGAAAAAGAAAUGACCUAAAUGGCUGUUUAGAGGGGACUGAUUUGAAGGAUCUAUACUUGAUUAAAGAUUGAGUAGUUUAUUCUGAUAUAGAAGGAUCUCUGAGAUUUAAUAAGUAAAAUGAAGAUCAGAGAUUUCUAGUUAGCAUUCCAUUUUUGUUGAGGGAGGAAGGCUACAUUUCAAUAAAUAUGAUUUCCUAGAAACCAGUACUCCACUGCGUAAUGGUAGUUCUUCUGUUCUAUGAUACAUACUUGUAUACAAAAAGUAAGGAAAAGCCGCCACAUAAUCACUAUCCAAUUCUCAAUGUGGGGAUUUUUAACCCAAUACUUUUGUGAAUUUUACAAGUAAAAAUUAGAUUUAAAAACUUGCUAUAAAAGUCACAAUUAAAAAAAACCACAUCAUGGACAUGACAUGUACUCAACAUAGGAAAAGUUAAGUGUAGACUAUCUAGGAAGAAUAAUUUAAAAAAAAAAAUAUUUGAGAGUCAGAGAGCAUAUUCCCAUCCACUGGGUUCACUCCCCAAAUGCCUCAGUAGCCUUGGAACAGAGGCUGGAGCAGGAAGCUGGGAGCCAGGAACUCAGCGCAGGUUUCCCAUGUGGGUGCAGAAACACAAUUAUUGAACCAUCACUGUUGCCUCUCAAGGUUGUCAUUAGCAGAAGAUGGGACCAGGAGCCUGAGCCAAGAAGCAAACGCAGGUACUCUGCUAUUGAACCACGGUUCCUUACUGCUAGGCAAAUGCCCGGACAUUAGAAAUAACUUUCUAAAUUGAGCUAGUACCCUUAUUUUUAGAUGAAGGUAAAAUGUUCUAUUUUUUUUUCUUUUGGUUUCUUAGAACUUUUAUAUUAAUAGUGAAAACAUGGACUUUCUGAGAAAUUGUUAAUUAGCAGCAUACAUUUAAAAAGGAGAGGCAGGUAUUUGGCAUAGCAGUAAGGACCACUUGGAACGGUCACAUUCCCUAUCAGAGUGCCUGUGCUCCAGUCCCAGCUCUGCUUUUUUCUUCUUUUUAGCAGCAAAUGGGCAGCGUUGUGGCACACUGGGCUAAGAUGCCACUUCCAGAGCUGCACCGAUCUGAAGCCAGGAGCUUCUUCUGGGUCUUCCAUGUAGGGGCCCAGGGACUUGGGCCAUAUUCUACUGCUUUCCCAGGUCAUAGUGGAGAGCUGGAUCGGAAGUGGAGCAGCCAGGACUUGAACCGGUGCCCAUAUGGGAUGCCGGUACUGCAGGUGGUGGCUUUACUUGCUGUGCCACAGCACCAGCCCCUCAGGUCUGCUUCUAAUUCCAGUGUUCUGCUCAUAUGCACUUUGGGAGGCAGCAGGUGAUGGCUCUGGUAUUCGGAUCCCUGGCAGACAACUGGGAGACCCAGAUUGAGUUCUCAGUGCCCAGCUUCAGCCCAGCCCAGCCCCAGCUACUGGGGGCAUCUGAGGAAUGAGCCAGCAGAUAAGAGAGCUCAAAUUUAUUAAAUAAAAAUGAAAAUCACAAGGGAUGUUAAAGAAAAAAAUACUAGCCAAGUAUUUUGAAUUUAUGUCAACUAUAUUGGAGACUCAUAGGCAGAGUGAUAAACCAUUGCUUUUUAUUGCUGCUCUGCUUCACUGAGAACAGGAUUAGCGUUCCGAUCCUCACUCUGAAGAAAAGGACAGAGGCCUACAGUUCUGAUGCUGCCCAGUUUGAGACUGUCUCUCGGCACUUUUACUGUUUCUGUCUGUCUGUCUUUUUAUUUGACAGGUAGAGUCAGAGACAGAAAGAUCUUCCUUCU